AUCAACAAAGCAAGGUCACGUAGUCCUUUCAAGUGCGAUUGGCGGAGUCAUCUACCGGGUUCACUCGUAACUCUAAACAGCUCCAUGGAAGGUCCCCGGACCCCGAGUAGAGAGUACCUCCGGAUGGUUCCGGUUAGCAUCGUUCCGCGCCCAAUCGCCGUCAGGGUUAUGGUAUAGGGUAGGUUCGGUGUGUUCAUAACAGCAAAGUCAUAUCGCUGAGCCCCCGCGUCAAAAAUGGGGCGUAACAAAACGGGGCCCUUCUCUGGGAGGACCACUUUAAAAAAGGAGGGAGGAGAGAACACCAAUCAGAAGAGGGAAGCAGCCAGAUUACAAGAAACACUGCUACCACCGGGAAAUAUGUUGUUUGAACAAGCGGUGAUGGUGAACACAGCUCUAUAACGGAAGGGUUGCGCUCGGCCCUUGCCCGACUGCGACAAAAAUCAACCCCUGGCAAUCAAACGUCCCCAUUGCACCAAGCCCAUCCCAACAGUUGUCAACACGAAGACGACUGCUUAACCAGCGCUAGCAGCAGCCGCCCAAUACAACCCAACAAUCACUGCCCCUCCAGCCCGAAACCCAAGAUGACCGUCAAUUCGCAGUCGGGCCCCCCGAAAUCCCCCCGACCACCCGACGACCUCAUUUCUACUGCCACGUCGGCAUUACGCCGUCUUCAUUUCAAAACAGGACGAAAUGCCACGAAGACUUCGUCAAAAGCGCAGCAGAACCAACCAGUGCCAAAGGUGAUAGUAAUGGGGUCCAGUACAGCGUCAGAGACAACAAUCAAUACUUCAACAGACAGCUCAAAUACCAUAGUAACCACGGUAACAGCUACCGAUGGGGAACAAACUGAGGGCAGUUUAGACGCGGCCGAGCAAAUCGAUUUCUUCUCUACCGACACUAUGUUGGAUAGCAAAAAUGCAAUUCUUCAGCCGUUACAGGUAGCCCCCGUUAGUCCGAAGACCCCGGCCACCGCCAAAGCAGAAACUCCAGCGACCACCAGAAUGGACAUGAGGUUUACCUUUGACUUGGAGUCUUCCAAAGAUGACAGCACACCAAAAGCUGUGGCGAUAUCAUCAGAGCGGCGGUUUAAUUUUGACGAGGUACCGGUUCCAAUGGAAACGGAACCGAUUUUCGAGAAGAAGUCGGACAAAUCCGUAGAUGUAUUGAUGGAAGAGCAGGUUGAGCAAAUGAAACAAGAAGCAAGAAGACGCAACAGCUAUAAACAGGCAGCUCAAAUCGACCAAAUGGACAUUGAGAGCGAUAGCAAAUUGUACCGGAGGGAUUCGCAACAGAUGGAUGUGGGCGGAGUGAUGAGUGACAGUAAAUUGCACAAUCAACGGCAGAGGGAGCACAGACGGAGUUUUAGAAGAAAGUUGGAAGUCAAAGAAGAAAAACCGGAAAGGACGUCACCCAAACGCAGAGCUGAGAGGGGGUUAAAUUCUUCUCCCGAAAACGAAACCGAAUCGCCCAAACCUAAACAUAGACACAAAAAAUCUAGCAGACGUCAUCAAUCUUCUACAGGGUAUUCGAAACACGGUACAGGCGACAAAUUUGUUUACGAUGAGAAACACGUAGCUAAAGUGGCAGCUAGUACAAGAAACAAUCAAAGUCGAAUGACACCGCCACUGCCCGAUCUGCGAGUAGAUUUCUUCAGCGAAUCGCUCGACCGUCGCCGGGCUAGCAUACUCGAAUUACUUGGUACUCCACCUCCCAUCUCGAUUGAGAAACGGGGCAGCGUUUGUCUCAACAAAUGCCUCAGAGAAGUCGGCGCCCAGUUGGAGACUUCCGCUAAUUCACCCAUCAACGUCACGACCAAUCCCCUCGAGAAUUCCGUUCAUUUCGGUAGAAAAGCACCCCAAGCGACGAUCGUGGUUCAGCAACCGUCGAUGUCGUUAGACCAGGCCAACGUGACGUCAACUAUCCUGCUGAGAAACGGGUGCGAGUUUGUCGGCAACGUGACGCAACAGGAUACGAGCGGCAGCGACGCCGCAAAACUCGCGAUGUUGAGGACUCAAAAAGAAGAGAAUAUGAAGCAGCUACUGGAUGUUGCGAAUAAUUUGACGCUGGAGGAGAUCCACGAUUUCGAAAUGAGAUAUGGAAGUCCCCACCAUAACCGAUCGCAAUCGGUAAAAACACCAGGGCGAUCGUCGGGCAGGCCUAAUUAUCUCUGCCUGCCGCAGCAGAGAUCUCGAGUGGCGUCCAUGCCCAACACGGGAGUCGAAGAAGAGUAUUAUCGACUUCGGCACUUUUCAAUUACCGGAAAAGGUGUCGUGAACAGGGGCGACAGCUUAAAGAGCAGAAGAUCGAGGUCGAACAAUUCCGUAGCUUCCAGCAACUCCAGUACCGAACAAAUUCCCGGAGCGGUAUCUGCAGCAGGUUCUGCGAGAACCUCAGGAUCAUGCAGCUUGGCAUCUUCCAGAGAAAGCUCCACAUCUGCUCCAGGUCCCGCCCCGUUUAGAGUUCUAAUGGUCGGUGGGCCGGCCGUCGGCAAAUCAUCUCUGGUGUCGCAGUUUAUGACCAGUGAAUACCUUCACGCCUACGAUAUGAGUUUGGACGAUGAAAGUGGCGAGAAAUCAGUGUCGGUGCUGCUCGCGGGGGAAGAAUCGGAACUCACCUUUAUAGAUUUCGCCUUUACAGAUUUAUCGCCCGACUCCCUCAUAGGAAAGUAUACCGACCCUCACGCGUACUGCGUGGUGUACAGCUGUUCUGAUCGCUCCAGCUUCGAUUGUGCAGAGAAAAUACUGCAGAACUUGUGGACUCUCGACACCAUUGGAACAAAGGCUGUUAUAUUAGUUGCGAAUAAGGCUGACUUAGUACGUUCUAGAGUAAUCACGACAGAAGAAGGGAAAUCGAUGGCCACAGCGUAUGACUGCAAAUAUAUAGAGACAUCUGUCGGCAUCAACCACAACGUCGAUGAGCUUCUUGUUGGCAUUCUGACGCAGAUCCGGCUAAAACUCGAGAAUCCCGAGAGAUCGCGCGACCUGUUUCGCAAACGGAGCACGUCGAAGAAAAAUCUCAACCGGAACAAAUCGCCCGCGUCCGGAACCGGAACUCCCACGGCGGGAAGCGCACAGAAUUCUCCCAAGAAGUAUCGCGGCAGCAGAACGUCCGCCAGUUUAAAAGUCCGGAGUUUGCUAGGCAAAGUUUGGGCGAGAGAUAGCAAAUCAAAAUCGUGUGAGAACCUCCACGUGUUGUAAAACUUUUUUGUUUCGUUUUUAAAAUAUCGUUGUAUAGAAGAUUUUAACUGUUAGAGUAAUUUGCUGUUACCGAUUAACGCGCUAUAGAUUUUUGUUUCUCCUUAGGCGAUAUCUAGAGUUUUUAUUUAGGUAUUGUCAGUUGUGUGUCGCGUUUACCAAAAGCUCCAGCUUGAAACGUAUUUCGAAUUUAAAAUCCAUGACGUGAGCUCUAAAAUAAUUAUCAAUCCGCGCAGCUUUAAUGAAAACUCAAAACAUUGAAAAAUUUUACAGAUUGAAUAAAAUUACAUUAAACGUAAAUAUGACAUUGCUCCCGAUUCUAAUAUAUUGUAGAACUCUGGUGACCUAGCUUUAUAUUGACAAAAUGUACAGCUAAUUUAAUACUAUGCGUUGAACUAAGGUGGCUUUUACUUGAUGAGAAUCUAUUGGAAAUGAAUUCUUAAUUAUUGUUAUUGUGGGGUUUCUAAAUUGAAAUAUAGCAACGGGGAUGUAUUCAAACCCGAUUGGUCACUAGGUAAUUAAUUCGAUUAUCUCUUUGUUAAUCUUCAUAGCUUUCAAUGAUUUUAGUUUAUGGCUUUUUGAUGCACUGUGUAAAAUAUGAAAACUAUUAUCAAACUUGUGCAUCUAUGAAUUUAAAUAAAUGAAUGGCAUAAUUUGAAUCCGAACUUCUACUAUUAUAUGCUCUGCUUAUGUUCGUUAAUGCGUUUGUUGAAUGUUCUUCCUCUUUGUCCAGUGUAAAUAUUUAGACAUGAUCCACAUUUUAAAUACAGGGUAAAUAUAGUUUCAAAUAAGUAUGAACUCUAUUUACCCUACUUAAAUAUCUCUCUAAAUUCGAUCUCAAGAUUGCUUUUAAAACUGAAAACAGUAUAGCAAAUUAUUUAACUAACAAUAAAACUAAGUCGCAAAAAACUGAAAAAUCCGGAGUUUACAGGUUUAAAUGGGCCAUUCAUUUAAAUUCAGAAAUGUACAAUUUUGAUAUUUUACAUAGUUCAUCAAAAUGUCAUAAAUAAACUUAUUGGGAGCAAUGGAGAUUAACGAAGUUGGAUGUUCAUAUUUAUUACUUAAUAACCAAUUGAAUUUGAAUAGAUCUCCCUAGCUAAAUUUAAAUUUAGAGACCCUAUCAUAACUGUAAUUCAGAUUUCAUUACGACCCCCUGAAGACUUAUGCUAUUUAUCAGUUGUUCCCUUCAAAAAAAAUAUUGUGUUUGUUUUCCUCCAAUUCUUUUACUUUCAAAUUGUGAUACAUUUUCUAUGGGUCACCACAUUCGAGAUGUUUCAAAAUUCAAUGCAAAGAUUUUGAAAACAUAUUUAACAGUCAAAAAUAAGUCUAUUUUUAUUUAUUAUUUAUUAUAAUUAACACUAAAUAAAAUGUUGAAAAUCACCGUCGUCAUUCAUUGCAGGCGUAGCUUACGACGUAAGGUUUGCGUACAAGCGUUUUUUUUUUAAUAUCGAAUACCAAAAUAAAUUAAAAAAUCUGUGUUUUUAUUAAUAACUCAAAAAUCUGGAAUUCAUAAUUUCAUUUUAAUUACAAUCACUAAACAACAAUAAGUAAAAUCCCGUAUGAGUAAUUAAUAAGCAAUGGAGUACUUGGGAAAGUCCAAUAACAAGUCCAAGUAUUUUGAUACACUAGGAACUUGAUACAAAAAACGAAAGCACAAUUUUUUGUUUAUUUUUGAUUGCUUCAUUCAAAAAAAAAAAAUUAUUUUCUCAAAAAAUCAGCGUACCAUGAUUUUACCUAUAAAUAUCUGGGACGCCACUGGAAUAGAAAAUUCCAUUUUCAUUAACACAAUAGAAAAACCCGUACCCCUAACAUUUUGCCAAAAUCGUCUAAAUGGUUUUUGAGUACCUAAUAAAAGACCUUUUUGUUUAACUUUGUUAUCCUGACUAAUAAAUAUGCCCUUAAAAUCUUUGUACUUAAUUUUACUUAAUAAGUUAGUAACAAAUAUUCCGUCGCAUAUUACCUAUUUUGUGCAUUCAAUGUUGCAAGAAUUGCUCUUGCGAAGCAUCAAUUCAAAUUGUGUUUGAUUAAUUCAUUUUUCGUAAGCUGUAUUGUGUACAUUGAGUUUACAAUAUGAGCAACAAAAAUUGACUCUCCUUGGGUCGACUCUUAACCUUGCGUCAGGGAUUUUAAAUUUUCGUUAAUUUUCGUCACCACUGCGACGUGUUGCGUCCCUGUCAAAAUAAUUAAAAUGAAAGGAAUGUUUUAUGGUCCGAUAUAUCAGAAAUGAGUACAGUGACGUCAUCACCUCCCGCUUUUGUUUGUCUCAAACUUCAGGCUAUUGAAUUUUUACGAUUUAUAAGGAAUGUAAAACAAAGUUUAUGUGAGUGAAAGCAGAAGUCCAAGGGAGGUAUUUUUGCUAAAUUCGGACUCUAAAUACAUUAUAAUUAUAGAAUUCAGGUUUAUGAUUUGACAAUUGUGUUUAUUGAUUCUUGGAAGCAUUAAGAAAUGGUUCGAAAUUUUCGUUUAAUGCCGUGAAUCUAUAGUUCAAAGGCAGAACUACUUUGGUUCACUGCGUUCCAUAUAAAACUACCAUCUGGAAAUCUAGUAAAGAAAAAAGUUUAACACAAAGAUUUUAUAGUUUGUUAAGAUAUUUUAAAAUAUAGUAAUAGGGUAGGCUAGUAGUAGGGUGUCGCGAGUUUGGUGUGAGACAUUAACUUUUGAUUUUUAAGUGUUACAGCCAAUAUUGUGGCAUAUUUUUCCGUUAUUCGUCAAAAAUUAACUGAACUUACCCAUUCAACCGAUAGUCGAAUCUUGAAUACAAUAUUUUUCCACAAAUCAUUGUGACUUUCCAUAAAACUACGAUCUUCUUUAAAACUGCUGACUUUCGGUAUAGUAUCAUAUUUUUAUUGCGUUCCACUUAAAAUAAUCACAGAGUGAGUACUUUAUUUAAAAAUUUUAACUUCUUGCAGCAUAAAUUGUCCUGUUUAAUUUAAGUUUUUAGCAAAUAUUUAAAUCUCGUUAAAAAAACGCCUUCAUUUUUGAAAAACGACUCUUAACUAUCACACAAAAUACGACUACAGCUUCAAUUGGUAAGAUUUUGACAAAAAUUGCAAAGCCAAAAUAUUUUAUUUUUAUUAAAAUGUAUUUGCUAAUCUCACAUUUUCUCUUUCUAUUAGUUUAUGCUUUAACAUGUUUUCAAAAUAUAGUUUUUUAAAUAUUUAAAAUAUUUUUAAGUGUUAAGUGAUUUAUGUAAAAUCUGGAUUAUCUGAUAUAAUUAAUAGUUUCUUACAUUAAAUUCCAUUGCAAGUGAGGGAAAGUUUCGUUUAGAAUUUUUGGCUUCACCAACCUGCUCUAUAAAUUAAAUAAAAAAUUAAAAGAGACAAAAGUAAUUGCACUCUUGGUAUAUAUUGAAAGUUAUAGAGUGUUUCCACUUUUUUUGUCGUGAUAUCAGUCGGCAGUGCAGAUAGCGCGGUACGAUUUUAAAUAUUAAAUAUUAUUCGAAAAUGCAGUCCCUUUUUUGUCAAAAUACUUGAAUCCUUACAUACCAGGUUUACAAAUUAUAAGCCAUAAAUUCUUGGCGUGGUUUUUUAAUUCGUCGUAAGUAAUCAAAGUAGGUGGUAGGGCCCACCAAAGAAGCCGUAAAUCUCAGAAAAAAAAAAUUUCAAGUCAACGCAGGUUGGUGUAGCCUCAAAACGGCGCGCGUACCUACAUAUGCCAAAUGUGGGUCGCCGAACGGUUUUCCGCAAAAAUGUCGUUAAACAGAAUCGAAAAAGUUCAAAACAUCAAUCAACUGUUGGUUGUAAGUCACGCCCCACCAUUUGCCUUUCACGAGGGUCUUAUGAAAAAAACGUGAUUAUUAAAUUUAAUAUUGGGUUCCAACUGGAAUUCGAGACGAUUAUGUUGUCUUUGUUUAGACCACCAGAAACCCUGUGUUUAGUUUAGGAUUAAAGUUUCAAAAUGGGGGGUUUUUGGAGGUCCUCAAAAAGAAAUAAGAGAUUAUCUUUAAAAAUAAAGUUUUUGUAGUAUGUUUCGUACACGAAUAAAACUUGAAACUCUAUGAAGGAAACAGAAAAAAUAUUUUUGUACUAUGUAGAAUGGAAAUGUGAAUUGAUAUAUCGGGCGAGGCCUUCACCAGGUUGGAUCCCUAUUUACAUAUCGCCUUUGCCUUUGUGACAUUACCGUUUUUAUCAUUAAAUGUUAACAGGAUACUGAAAACAUUUUUAGUUAAAUAUGUGACCAAUGGAAUAAAUCAAAACUGCAAUGGGCACGGCUUGAUAGAGAAACGAAGCAAAUUUUAAAAUAGAAAACGACAGCUAUAUGAAGGGGAUUAUUGUCUUACUCAUUUAUAUGACUUUGAGAUUUG